AUGAAAGAAAGUCAGGAGAUAAGAGUGAGAGGAGAGAUAGGAAAGAUAAGGGGGGAAAGGAAAGGAUGUGAGGAGGAACAAAAGAAAGACCUGAGAGCUAAAGAAAGGAAGGAAUAUAGGAAGGAAGAGAAAAAGGAGGAGGAGAAAGAAGAAAAGAGAAAAAGAAAAAGUGAAGGUAGAAGAGAAGGAGAAGAAGAAAAAGAGAAAGAGAAGAACAAGGAAGAGGAAAAGAAGAAGACAAAACAAAGUUAUAGAAGGAGG